AUAUACACUAGCCAUUGCCGAUUGGUAACGCCAACAGAGAGCGAAGCAACCACUGAAACCCAAACCCCCGAUUAGUUUGUGACCCAUCAAUUAAUCGCCGUUGACGCCGCCGAUUCGAGAUGGCUUCCGGCUGGGGAAUCACCGGGAACAAAGGGCGCUGCUACGAUUUCUGGGUCGACUUCAGCGAGUGCAUGUCUCGCUGCCGCGAGCCCAAGGACUGCUCUCUCCUCCGCGAGGACUACCUCGAGUGCCUCCACCACUCCAAAGAGUUUCAACGGAGGAAUCGAAUUUACAAGGAGGAGCAGCGAAAACUAAGAGCAGCUGCACGGGCCAAGGAGGGUGGAGUUGUUAAUGACCAUCAUUCGUAGCAGAAAUCAAUCCUCUUCUGAACUCGAGAAUUAAUAAAAUGUGUGGAGAUCAGAUGUUGUAUUUUGUUUUUUCCAGACCGGCAUUUUUACUUGAUUAUCUGUUUUGUUUCUCCUGGAAUGACGAGUGUAGCCCGCGCUGGUCUAUGCAAUAAGAUAAUGGUCACUUUACCCUUGCUUUGCAGUAGCGGCACCUUGUACAUUGAAUUGCUUGGUGUACUAGAAUGCUGUUUGUGCUCUCCAGACUAAAAUGACUUGUGGAAUACAAACCCAUUUCUUCUCAA